GAUGCAUUUAUUUAUAAAGGAAGAGAAAAGCCGAUCUGGAAAUACAAAUAGUUACGGAUUAUAUUGGCAAUACAGGGUUACUGAUAGAUAGAUAUGCCGAUCCCGGUGUUCGGUACGGAGUACAUGGAAUCAGCCAGGGCCAGGCCGCUUGUACCAAGUACCUACUGCGUUGUUUCAAUCCCCUCCGCCAGGGGUAAGUUACCGUACAAUACGGAGUACAGAGAGAGCACACCGUAAACAAUACGCGGCAUGUCUCCUUUUUGGCCACACAACGAGAAACAUCACCGAAGCAACGUCACCUCAACAUCAACAACAUCGCGAAAAAAGAGGGAACAGGAAUUUUGAAUUUUGAAUUUUGUGUUGUUGCCAUUUUCCCGGUGGUUAUGUGGAAAAUGACAAGCCGACCGUCAAAGCCGCCUCCUGCAAGCGUUAUCUCCUUCUAAACAAAGCGCCAGCCGUUGAAGCCACCCACCGGUCGCCCCGGGGCCUCGACUUCAUACCAACCGACUAACUAUACUAUAGGACUGCAGACUCUACAGACUACUAAUAAAUAUCCCAUUGUUCAACCUCGUGUUUCUGUUCUCCUUCUGCUGGCUCCCCUUUCGAUCCCUAUCCGUAUCCCAAAUUCCUCGAACCCAGUUUCAUCCAACCAACAAACAAAACCACUUCCACAGAGAGGGGAGAAAUCGAAAUCAUUGAACAACUAGAUCACUCUCAACUUCUCUAAACCUCCUGUCCAUCCGACUGCAGACCAUCAGCUCGGCCAAUCCCUGGCAAGCUUUUCCGCCCAGCCACCAAUAGGCGUGUAGGCGUGUUUACCAGUCCUCCAAGGCUGCGCUUCUCAGCCCAACACGCACUGCACACACACUCUUCCGGGUACAGCCUAGAGGUCAGACUUCAUUCGCACGUAAAAAGGAUUCCACGAUCAACUUCGCUUGAGCCCUUUGGAGUGCUGGCAACCGCAACUUUUUUUUUUUUGUGUCUCUUCCAUCUUCCAUCUUUCCUUUCGGCUGAGGGCUGGCCUUCGUUCCAUUCCAUCCCUCUCCUCGCCUAAGCGCCCGCACCGCGAUUCGUCAUCUAUACUACCCGUCCUCCUCCCCCGCCCCCCUGCGAUCAGGCGCCUGAACACCCACUCCAGGCCAGCGAGUGCGGGAAGCUAGGAAACCAAAGGCUUACAUGUUAUACUAGACCCUUCAUGUGCCAACUCCAAGCUUUUCGCAAUCACCGCUAUCGACAACUCUCACCGCAGAAUACUCCUGAAACACACGGACUCCUCUCCCUACAUCUGAUGGUGAAUUAGGAGGAAGCUCUGGAGCAAGAUGGCCGCAUUCGUGCGUGUAUCAGGACCUCCCAACGGUCAUUUCAUCGUUGGAUAUCCUGGCAUAGCUGGGACGCUGCCGCGCAUUGAAGGCAAGGUUGAGAUCCGCCCCAGUGCCGGUAUAUCAGCACCAGUCAACAUCGCAAUGGUCACAAUAUGCCUCCAACGACGAGAAACUAUACAUCCUUCCGCAGAUUCGGUAACGAAGAGGCAUUUGGCUGCGCCCCGGAAAGAAUUAACAGAAAUCGUGGGAAGGGAGAUGCUGCUUUUUAGAUGUGCAGUGGGCCGCGACCAUGAAGAGAUCAUCGCCAUGGACCUCCCUUUUGUUUUAUUUUUCCCCUAUGUUAGACAAGGGCAAAAUGCAUCACGGCAGGUGCCAGCAAGUCUCCAGUUACCUAGUAGAACGGCGGAGACGUACUAUGAAUUAGUGGUAAUGGUGCAGCAAGGUCCAUCAGAGCAAAGGAAAUAUGCAUUUCCCGUCCCAAUCUCGAGAUACGAUACCCUUUCGAGUUUUGGCCAGUAUAAGCAACCCAGAGCACUAGAAAAGGUCUCAGAUCAUUUGGUAACAAUGGGAAUAUCGGUUCCGCGCACGUCGUUUGGACCCCUGGAUCCAAUCAGUGUGGUUAUCAAACUUUCUCCCAACCCGGAUUGGUUGAACAAGGCUCGACGAGUAACAAUACACAAAAUCUCCAUCUCCAUCGAUGAGGAGAUCAUCUAUAACCAUGAAGGCGACGAGCCGCAACGUAAAACCAAGUCCAUCACCAAACGAAUAGAGAGCGUUAAUAUGAAACUACCCGAAGCUGGAUAUAUCACAAACCUAGGUCUCAUAUUUCCCUCAAGGGAUCUAAGGGAUGCGGAAGGAAUCUUACCACGAGGGAAACCGGCGUUCCCGAUGUACGCUGUCAACGGUUUUAGUACCGUUGCGACACUAUAUAGGAUCGACUACUACCUAACAGUAAAGGCACACCUAACGUCAGCUCGGGAUAUCGUCCUGCGACAGCCCAUAAUGGUUUGCCCGUUUGACCACACUGCAUGCGUGCAAGAAACCGACGCCAUCAACGCGGCAACUGCUGCCGCAGCCAACAUUAACCCGGACAACCCGAUGCUACCGCUUCCUACGAUAAUCCGGGUCCGCGACCCUCAAGCUCUGAAAUACCUGGGUGUAGCGAUAGUCGGCAAUGUGAAGAAGCCAGUAAUCGAAUGAUGAUGUCUAGACUUGUCUCCACCCGCCGACCCGAAAUUUUACCUAUUUAUAUAUAACCACCCACCCCAGCGAUUGGCAGCAUCUGAUAUUUAGGUCCACGCUAGACCAAUCGUCCGUCUCAUUUUUAUAACUUUUACCACAUUACUAGGCGGACUGUUCGUCUAGCCAUUGCGCACAACGCAUAUCUCCUCAACAUACAAAAAUUUAAGGAUUCUGAAGGGAUAAAAAAAAAGUAUGAAAAAAUUACCUCCCGAUAGCGAAUAGCGGUGGUUUGAUAUUAGAUGAUGUGUCGGGGGAAUUGAAAACGCAAAACAGCUGCCGGCUUCCAUCUAUUUGAAAGAAGCGGGAGGGAUAUUUUCUACAGUUUGAUUCUAAUCCAUCAAUCUAUUCGUCUACAAUCACGAACUUCUCCGUGGAUUCCCUUCGCUUGCUUGAUUAAAUUGUACUCUUCUACCUUACCCCCCCUUUUGUCGCUCUACAUACACACUUUGAUCUUGGCAAAUACCCUCACCAUGGACUAUCAUUGAACAAAUACAUACCAUAUCAACCUGCAUUACGGCAAGCUGGGAUUCUGCAUAACCAAGGUUUCCAUCAGCGUGUCCUCGAUUCUUUACCUCUUACCCUCAUUCACGCACUCGCCAUUUUAAUUUCUGUUUCGUUUCUUUUCUUGGUCGCUUCUCCUAUGGAUUUCUCAUUCAAAGCUGCUAGAUCAAGCCAGGUCUGGCAGGAUAUCAUGAUAUAUGAGCCCCCGAAACCCGGGCAGGAAACUGGGAGGGAAACUUUAUUUGGAUAUACCUCUCACUGUUUUGUUUUGUUUUGUUUCGUUUUUGCUUGAUUCGGCACAAGCAUUGGAGUAUAUUGGAGCCUUUUUUAUGGACUUGAUCUAUUUGGAACUGUGCAGUUUUGGCAUCUGUUAGCUUCUGGGUUUACAUCUUUUUCUUUUCUUUCCUUUAUUUCUCUUCUUUCACCUAUUUUAUUGUGCGAUGGGAUGAGAUAUGAAAUGGAAGCUGGUCCAGGCGCAUUUGAUUGUUUUCUGUUUUUCUGUCUUCUUCUUUUCUCCUGGUUUCUGCCUUGUUUUGUUCUACUCUCGCAUAUCCACCCCCCAUUCUAAACCCAGUUUUCUAUCAUUUUUCUACAUUGAUGACUUGUCAUUUCAUUUCUUCUUCUUUUCCCUCAAUAACUACACUAUACUCAUUAUUUUUUCCCCCCAUUUUCCAUGUUAUCCCUCUCGCCGUUUUCAUUUUGCUUCUGUUACCUACUUCAUACCCUUCUGGGGACCUUCCCCUCCCCCCUGUUUUAAGUAUUCUUAUUUCGGAUUAUAAGGGAGUGGAUCCGGAUAUGCGCCACUAUGCCUAUAUCUAUAUCUAUGAAAACAGCACGAUCUUUUUCAGAGGAGUCAGCCUAAAGAAUUCGGGCGGAACAGGGGAAAAAGAGGGGAGGGAAAUUCAGUGAAGAAUUUUUUGUUUUUAUUCUUCAUUCUUCUUGUUUUAUACUUUUAUGUUACUCUUACGCUUUUUUUUUUUUUCCCUUGUCCUUCUUGAUUUACAGGGUUGAUGUUUCAUUUUAGACUUGAGCGAGUGGGUAAUUUUCUUCGCCUUCCCUGUAUGAUUCCUACCUACUGCUUGUCUCACUGGACAUCGCAUAGAAGCCAUUGAGAAGAUGACGUACGUACAUGUAUGUAUGUACAUGUACAUACAUUGAGCAGUCAAUCAUGUAUACAAUCAUGGCAUGAGUAUAUAUUCUACAUCUAAAUACACGUGUAAAUAUCAGCGUUUAACAAGAGUCGUUGAAUCCUCCUAUAAAUGUUUGUUAUUAGAGGAGAAAGCCAGAAAACACCGAAGUAAUGCCAUUCAUAAUUCAUCAUUCAUCAUAGCCCGUUUUCAUAGAAGUUAGAUACCCCUCCAUCACUUCUAUUAUACACUUAAUCCCUUUUCCAACAACAUUCUCAACUCCUCGAUAGCAUCCGCUGUUGUCGUCUUUUCACCACCACCACUAUUUGUAGCGGUAAUACCCUGCGUCUCUAGCUCCAGCUCACGAAUACUCUCUCUCAACAUAUCCAACACGGCAGCGUACUGAGCAGACUUAGGCCCGAAAGUCGAGAGGGUGUUGGAUAGGUUUGCGGAUAUCUAAA